CAAGACGUAUUUCCCCUCUGUAUUGAAUUCCCAUAUACGCAGGAAAUGAAUCACACCUCAGCCAUGAGCGGCAAUGGCGUUGACCACCAUCGUCCGUUUCCCUGUGAUGAAUGCUCAAAGUUGUUUACCCGGAGUGAAAACCUACAGCGGCAUAAGCGUGCACGUCACGGUGGUGCCUCGCGCAGAGACUUCCAGUGUGGGAAGUGUCAUGCUCGAUUUUCCCGAAGGUCUUAUCUCCAUUUUCAUGCCUGCCAUUACAAUAACACUGAUAGUGUUGCAGCGACGUAUAUAAACGACAUGGUAAUCGUUGUCGUGCGACGGGACCUCCACCUCAGACAACUCAGCCGCAGGCACCAUGGGAGGGUAUGCAUACCCCCCCAUGUAAUGGUCGGAAUAACCUCACCCUUGGCUACCAACCGCAACCCAGCCGAACGUGUUGUGACCGACGAAGAUUUUUGGGAAGAGCACAGUACAUUUGCUACUGAGUUACCCCAGAGUUUCUCAUCUUCGUCCCCUAGGUAUGCUUGCCUUGAGCUAUUUGUAUCAAUUGCGCCCGAUGCUGUUCCCUCUUAG